AUGAGCACUACCGCAACAAGACGCUCAGAAUCCCAGACAACGACGUCUAAUGCCUCAGAAUCGCGUCUCCAUGUCCCAUCACAAUCUUCAUCAAACACACAAUUGCAAAAUAGCCCCAAGAAGAAACAAAGCUUUGCCUUGAGGUCCUUGAAAGACUCCCUCAAAUUUAAAGGGUCAUCAAAUCAUAAGAAAAAUGUGGAUUCAAGAACAGCUGCAGAGACACCUCGCAUGUCGAAAGUACGAAACGGUUUACCUAUGGGGCAUGCAAGUGUAAGGUCUAAACAGAGGCUGUCAGCCCAAAGAGUUUCACUGUUCAAGUACGAAAAAGUUAGAGCCAUGAGCUGCUCAGUAGAGUCAGGAACGAGAAGAGGUUCGGAAUCUUCUUCAAGCACGAUGACUUUGAAAAGUGGUGAGACUACAAGUGAUGCCAGUCUACAGAGCCGAAGUAGUGUCAAAUUGAAACCGACAGCUUUAAUAGCCAGUGGUGCAUUGGAAGUUUAUCAGAUUUCUACGCCCAAUCUGAAUCCUAACCAGAAGACGCAGGAAAUGAAUUAUUUGUCGUUGGGCCGUAAGGAUACUGUCGUUCAUCCCAUAUUGCCACGUCUUCAGGUUAGCAAGUUAGAGCACUGUGGGCAGAAAUUUCUUAUCUCAUUUUAUAAUCCAGAGCGAUAUUGGGAAAUUGAGUUCCUUUCUUGCAAAGAUCCCAAAGCUACUUCUGACGCGAUUAAAGAAUUUGAAUCCGUUAUUUCCAAGAUAUGUAUAUUCACCACACAGGAACAAAAGUUUGACUCUUUGGAUAGAGAAUGUAGGAAUACUAAAAACCAAGGGGAAAUAUCAAAUGACUCACUUGCUAGUCAAAAUUCAUUACUUAGAGGUGAUAUUCAAGAAAAAAAGAUCAAUGAAGAUGAAGAUGAUGAUCUCAGUUACCUGCUGGUAGAGGAUAAUACCGGUUCUCUUCGAUCCAGAAAAGAAGCUGCAAUACACUCUACCGGCAAGGCGGAUUCGGAUGAUAGCAUUAACGAAGCAUUCAAAAGGGCUAUACAAAACUUUAAACCAUCAUCAUCGCAAAGAAGUCAUGAUUGGUAUCAUGGAUCGGCACCAUCUUCGAGAAGAUUCAGCUCCUAUCAAGCAGUAAGUAAUUUCUCAAACGAACGGACGGAUAUAAUCUCAAAAAGAUUUUCUUCAUUUUCAAUAGAGAUCAACAAUGGAUAA